AUGGUUACCGGUCAGCAAGCAGUUUGGGAGAAAUUGACCAUCCUCUAUGGCUCAGAAACUGGAAACUGUCAGGACCUGGCAAAAAUUGUAGCCUGGACGGUUACGGCGAAGGUUCGCAAAGCAUCGCAAUCACUGGCGGUGCAGGUGAUGCCUUGUGAUGAUUACCCCAUUGAGCAGUUGCCUGAAGAACGCCUGGUUCUGUUCAUCUGCUCAACGACGGGCGUAGGUGAAGAGCCACAAAACAUGAAACGUUUCUGGCGGCUCCUUCUUCGACGAGAUCUGCCCUCUGACUCACUGUCGCAGUUGUCAUUUGCUGUCAUUGGCCUCGGGGACUCUUCCUACCUGAAGUACAACUUUGUGGCGAAGAAGCUGCACAAGAGGCUACUGAACUUGGGAGCUAACAGCCUACUCGAGCUGGCACUCGGAGAUGAUCAACAUGAUCUGGGACCAUACGUAAAGAUUGACCCUUGGUUGCAGGAGUUUUAUAGUCAAUUUGUACUUCACUCGCCGGAGGGAAAUGCUGAAGAAGACCAUUUAAUUGAGCCUAGUUUCAGCUUUGAUUUUCUCGACGAUGAACUAAACAAAAGUGCCUCCUCUAAGAACGAAGAAAGCCCUUCAAGUACUACUAAGUUUGACGAAUUGACGCCCUAUGAAGCGACCGUUGUGGCCAAUGACCGAGUCACAGCCGAGCAGCACUUUCAGGACGUUCGACUGCUGGGCCUGGCCAUUGAGGAGCCUUUUCGGUACAAGUUAGGCGACGUCUGCUCGGUGUACCCGGAGAACAGUGACCAGGAUGUGGAGACUUUUCUCGCCAUGUUCAAAGACGAACGACUGCUGGGCGGCGACUCUAGUCGGCGGCGGUUCCUGAUGACGGUCCGCCAAGGAUGCUCCUCCUGGAUUGCCAAGUCCUCCUACUACUACCACCUGCUGCGCCACCGGAAUCCCUGUUCAGUCUUUGAACUAGUCAAGCGGUACAUGGACAUCAACUCCAUUCCAAAGCGGUCCUUCUUCCACCUCUUCCACCGCUUCAGCCAGAACGACCUGGAGAGAGAUCUGUUGCGGCGCUUCGCCCUGGGCACCGACCUCGACGAGCUCUACGAGUACGUGAACCGACCGAAGCGAAGCAUCCUCGAGGUGAUGGCCGACUUUCCGCACACCACCCCUCAUGUGCCCUUUCACUACCUGCUCGACCUCAUUCCAGCCAUCUGCGCGAGGCCGUACUCGGUGGCCAGCACUCCGGCCACCAGCGCUCAUCAGGUGGACCUGCUGUACGCAGUGGUCAACUACCGGACGCGCCUUCGCAAGCCACGACUCGGCCUCUGCACCAACUGGCUCGCUUCACGGACCACCGGCGAUCGAGUGCGAAUCUUCCUGCGACCCAGCAACUUUGCCCUGCCUGCCGACCACGCCGAUCGACCGCUGGUGAUGGUCGGUGCCGGCACCGGUGUAGCGCCCUUUCGAGCCUUCAUCCACCACCGUGCUCAGGAGGGCAUUCCGGCGAACUGGCUCUUCUUUGGCUGUCGCUACCAGGACCAGGACUACUACCUCGCCGAAGAGUGGAAGCAGCUGGCCGAACGGACCCUGCUGACUGUCUUUGAGGCCUUCUCCCGUCAGAAUCCGGAUCAAUCGAAGGUGUACGUGCAGAAUCGCCUGGUAGAGCAGCGUGAGCUGGUCUUUCGCCUACUGAUACAGGAGAAUGGCCUGCUCUGGGUGGCCGGAAAGUCACAGCAGUAUCCGCAGCUAGUUCGUGAAGCCAUCGCCGACAUUCUAAAGCACCAAAUGGAUGGCGAUGACAAGCAGGUGGACGACCUAAUCAGUCGACUAGAGCUGAGGAAGCGAAUUCAGUUUGAGUGCUGGUAG